AUGAACCAGGCUCUCCUCCUCGUAUGCUUCCUAGGAUUUUCGUCAGCUGUAGUGCUUCGUAACGAGCUGGAUGCCACGAUGCCGUCUACGACAUGCUUCCACUGUUUGUGUCUACAGGAAUCAGGAUGCAAACCUAUUGGAUGUCAGGAGAAGAAUGGAAACAUGUCAUGUGGAUACUAUCUAAUCAGCAUGCCUUACUACUUAGCCUGCGGUCGAUUGGGAUAUCAAGAAGGAGAAGAUAUGCCUACUGCUUUCAGAAGAUGCGCUGCAAAUUAUGCAUGUUCAACUCAAUGUGUGAAGAACUAUUACCAGAGCAACGCACGAAACUGCGGAAACCAGAAGACGCCAUGUGAAGUGAUGGUUCGAAACCAUGAAGGAGGGCCUAACGGAUGCUCCAACAACGACACACUUCCCAUGUGGACUUCAGUUCAAAAGUGCUGUACUGGUCAGUGCUAA